AUGGCGGGAAUUACGCCGUCUCCAGAAGUUAGUCCCGUGUCAGCAGCAACCACCAAUGGACAUUUCCCGCGAGACUCCUUCUGCCUGUCUCUUUCCACUCUACCGGACGCGAACCAUUUCCUGCUCAAAUCCGCCCUCACGUCUCCCCAUCUCCUCGAGUCUUCCAAUGGCCUCUACCAGGGAAGCGGUGCGUUGAGCAAUCCCUUCAAGAAGCGGGCCCGCAACAUGUCUCAGUCGUCCGGCACAGAUCGUGAGACGUCAAGUGACACGCCACCCGCCCAGACCAAUGGCAUGGCUCCUACGAGCAAUGGCUCCAACGGCACCAGCACAGAGCCGCAGCUGAAUGCCAAAAAGCGCCCGAGUACUGACACAAUCGAUUAUCCACGCCGGCGCGCGACCAUUGCGUGCGAGAUUUGUCGGUCACGGAAAUCCCGUUGCGAUGGCUCACGGCCAAAGUGCCGGCUUUGCACAGAGUUGAAUGCAGAAUGCAUCUAUCGAGAACCAGGCAUCAAGCUGGACGCCGGCGACAAGCUCAUCCUGGAGCAUUUGAACCGCAUCGAAGGCCUGCUGCAGACGGGUCUCACGAAUGGCUUCUCACUAUCUUCACAUUCGCCCGCUGCGAGCAACUCCACGAGCGACGACUUUCUGGCCCGUAGCACCGGCAAUAUGUCCCAUCUGGGCAUGGUCCAGCCGAUCAACGGCAUCGGGACAUGGUCCAACCAUCCCUCCAACAUAUCGACCAUGCCCAAGACACACAAUACGGCGGCUUUGAACUUGCUGUCAUCACCCAUGAUUCGCGAGCUCGUAUCACGUCCUUACGAUCCCAAAAUCCUGCUCCAGCUCGAAAUGACCCGGGAUCCAGUCAGCCUUGGCACGUCUAGGGGGCUGGACCUAUCCAACACGGGAGCGUACGUGCAAGCCUAUUUCGAGAGAGUGAAUGUCUUCUACGCGUGCGUAAAUCCUUAUACCUGGAGCGGCCACUACCAGACCGCGCUGAGUCACGGAUUCCGGGAUGGACCUGAGAGCUGCAUUGUCCUGCUGGUCCUCGCCCUUGGUCAUGCUGGGAGUACCGGAAGCAUUACGCAGCAAAAUUCAGAAAAGGAUCCAGCUGGAUUGGCAUAUUUUGCUGCAGCAUGGGGUCUUCUCCCAAGUGUUAUGACACGGAAUAACAUGGUCGCGGCCCAGUGCCAGAUUCUAGCCGCCGCAUACUUGGUUUACCUUGUUCGUCCCGUCGAAGCCUGGAACGUAUUAUCCGGCGCGAGCAUGAAGCUGCAACUUCUUUUGAGCGCUCCCGGAAGAGUAUCUCCAGCAGAAGAGGAGUUGGGCAAGAGAGUGUAUUGGAACGCGGUAAUGAUUGAGAGCGAUCUUUUAGCGGAGCUUGAUCUCCCCCAUUCCGGAAUUGCUCAAUUCGAGGAGGGCUUUUCUUUGCCAACAGGGUUUGAAGAUCUGGGAACAGAAGCAGUUGGUCGAGAUGAGCUAUGGUACUUCCUUGCAGAGAUCGCCCUUCGAAGACUCCUUAAUCGCGUAAGCUCCAUGCUGUACAUUCGAACAACGCCGUAUUCCAAGGGGCCUGCUGCUACUUCAAUUGCCCAGCUUGAUCCACUUGUGGUCGAACUGGACUACCAACUGAACCAAUGGUAUGCAGGACUACCGCCAGCAAUGCAGUUUCCACUCGAUAGAGUUCCCCUGCAAAACCCUGUGCAGACUGUUCUGAGAUUGCGGUAUUUCGCGUGCCGUACCAUCAUCUUCCGACCCUACGUACUUCUUGUCCUUCAAGAUGAAAGCCUGGCGAUGGAUUCGAGCGUACAGGAUAAUUGUCACAAGUGUCUGGAGGCUUGCGUUCGUCAACUGGAGUAUAUUACCGCGCACCAUGCUGGACACCUUCCGUAUCUGUUUCAAGGUGCUCUUUCUAUUAUUUCACAGACUCUUCUCAUCAUGGGCGCAACCAUGACUCCUUCCCUCUCUCAGCUACUUCCUCCGCCCGCCACAAUGGAUGAUAUCAUCAACAACGUUGUUCUCGAAAUGGAACGCUACGCCCAUCUAGCCCCGAGUCUUCGCCUUUCUGCCGAGAUAAUCCGGGAAGCCGAGGGGAAACGACAAAUGUGGCUCAGAACAGCAGGUCUAAAGUUCGAGGUCUGA